AAAAAAUCGAACUUUCUGUAAUAAAACUGUAAGAAAAAUAACUUAGAAGUGGACCGACGGUAGCGAACGAAAGCUGUUGGCUGGGCGGCGCAGUGCUGAGUUCGGGCUCCACCCCCGGAUUCUUCCAGCUGUUCUUGUCAGAUAAACAUUACGUCCUCAUGUACGGCCAGAGGAAGGAGUGAAACUGCCUAUUUCUCAACACCUGAGCAGUACAACCAGCUGCCAUGGCCACAGGUGGGGCCCCGAUGCCAGGGGCCACGCAAAUGGCCACGAAGGUGGAGCUGACUAUCUCCUGUGAAAACCUCAUGGACAUGGAUGUUUUCUCCAAGUCUGACCCUCUGUGUGCCUUGUAUAUCAACAGUACCGGGUCCCACUGGUAUGAGUUUGGCCGCACAGAGAUGAUCCUGAACUGCCUGAAUCCGAAGUUUGCCAAGAAGUUUGUUCUUGACUACUAUUUCGAGAUGGUGCAGAGAUUAAAGUUUUGCGUGUACGACAUUGACAAUGACACCUACGACCUUGGCGAUGAUGAUUUUCUGGGGGAGCUUGAGUGCACCCUGGGUCAGAUUGUUUCUAACAGGCAAAUGACGCGACCUUUGAGGCUGAAGAACAAUAGACCUGCAGGGCGUGGGACAAUCACAAUCUCUGCUGAAGAAAUAACAGACAACAGAGUGGCAAGCUUUGAAGUGGCGGCCCGUAGGCUGGACAAAAAGUAUUUGUGGUGGUCCGACCCUUUCCUGGAAUUCUACAAGCUGACAGAAACUGGAUGGCAGCUGGCUCACAGGACAGAGGUCAUGUACAACAACCUUAACCCAGUGUGGACACCGUUCCGCAUCUCACUGCGAUCUCUGUGUGGAGGAGAUGUGGAGAAGCCCAUAAAGGUUGAGUGUUAUGACCAUCGUUACAAUGGCUCCCAUGCCCUCAUUGGGACCUUUAAGACCACACUAGCAGAGAUGCAAGUGGGAACACACCUCUGCCCGGCUGAGUUUGAAUGGAUCCACCCCAGAAAGCAAACAAAGAAAAACUACCAAAACUCUGGGGUCCUUUGUGUCAAGCGCUGCCAGGUGGAGAAGGAGUACACCUUCCUGGAUUACAUUAUGGGGGGUUGUCAGAUCAACUUCACUAUUGCCAUCGACUUCACAGGCUCAAACGGGGAUCCCAAGUCUCCUCAGUCGCUCCACUACAUCAACCCUGAGGGCUAUAAUGAGUACCUGACAGCCAUCUGGGCGGUGGGAAAUGUCAUCCAGGACUAUGACAGCAAUAAGAUGUUUCCCGUGUUUGGUUUUGGAGCUCAGGUCCCUCCAACCUGGCAGGUUUCCCACGAGUUUCCGGUCAACUUCAAUCCAUCCAAUCCAUUCUGUCCAGGCAUAGAGGGUGUGGUGGAUGCUUAUCAGAAGUGUUUACGUCAGCUGAAGCUCUGGGGUCCCACCAACUUCUCUCCAGUCAUCAAACACGUUUCCUGCUUCGCCAGACAGGCUCUCUAUCAGAAUAUGGCCUCACAAUACUACGUGCUGCUCAUCAUCACAGAUGGAGUGAUCACAGACAUGGACCAGACACGUGCUGCGAUUGUGGAGGCCUCUCGUCUGCCCAUGUCCAUCAUCAUUGUGGGCGUUGGUGGGGCAGACUUCAGUGCAAUGGAGUUCCUCGACAGCGACGACAAACUGCUGCGCUCGCCUUUUGGUGACGUCGCUGCGAGAGACAUCGUGCAGUUUGUGCCCUUCAGAGAAUUCCAAGGCAGCAGCGUGGCCCUUGCCCAAAGCGUGCUGGCAGAGCUUCCAGAUCAAGUGGCAUCCUUCUUCAAUUCUUACAAGCUGAAACCUCCAAGGGGUCCCGAUGACGCUGGACCACCUGAGUAUAGCACGUUAACCUAACCCUCCUAUGUUUUCUCUGUCUGCCUCUGGCCUCUUUCUACAUUUAAUGCAUGGAUGGGUGAAAAUCAACGCCAUAAAUUGUCGUCUGUGUUCCACGAAUGUAAGGAAAAAGACACUGAAAACACUACUAACCUGAAAUCUGUGAAUGGAUUUGUGAGUAAUGUUGAACAUUUUACUUUACCUGUUUUGAAGUUCAUAAACAAAGUGUUGCUGUGACCAAGAGACAUAACAGCUUAUGUAACGCAUGAUAAUGGUAAACAAUCACAAUGUACUCUGUUCUUCAAAUGUAUCACUUGAUGUAUUCAGAUGACUUUGUGAAUAAAUUCCUCAUAUCUUGUAUAAAAAUGUA